AUGCCUCGUGAGUACCGUUGCUUUGACGAUGAGUCCGUCGGCGACGCUAUUCCUUUCCACGGCAAGGAGGAUGAGGGAGCCAAACCCAUAAAGGAUGAAGAGAAAGACGACCAGAACAGUGAAGAGGACGAAGAUGACGAAGCUGACGAUGGUGACGAGGACGUUUUAACAUUGCGAGUUGAACAGGGAAAGCUCCAAUUCGAAGUGAAGUGGAAAGGAUACGAUGACCCUUCAGACAUGACUGUAGAACCAGAGGAGAACUUGCUUGACGGAGCGCAAGAGGCCCUCGAAGAAUACUUUAAGAAGAUUGGCGGUCGACCUGAAAAGCCCACGAAGAAACGGAAAUCGCUAGCGGAUAAAGCAUCAUCUACACCAGACAAACCAACAAAGAGAGGCAGGAAGCCCAGCUCUAUCAAAGUUGGAACGCCGGAUCAGGAAGCUUCCCCUGAAGAUACGGAUUGGGCACCUCCUGCAGGUGGCUGGGAGAAAGAGCUGAGCUACAUUAGCACAGUUUUACGUGACCCCGAUGGUGAUGGGCUUGUUGUCUAUUUAGAAUGGAAAAAUGGAAGGAAGUCGAGAGCCCCAAUUCAGACUUGCUACGAACGCUGCCCUCAGAUGGUAUGA